UGCCCCUUUAUUUUUCUCAAGUAGUAUGACUCAGUGGCUGGACAGUCGUAUUUUUCUCUACCAUACGAAGUAUGACCAUUCAACAUCUUUCAAUUGAAUGUUUAUAUUGAAUAAUUAUUUGUAUCAAUAAUCCAUGAGAAAUAUGUAGAACAAUUGGUUAUGGUACUUCUUGUGAUGUGUAUUGCCGCGUCCUAUAUGCAAAAGCCAUUCCACAAUCUGUAAUUCGUGAUAGAAUAUCGCCUGAAAUAUUGAAAGAAAUUAUGUCAAGAAAGAAGCAUAAUAUAUCGUAUAUUAAACCGGACGAACCAAAAUUUCUCCGAGAUCUAAAAGAACAAAUUGGAUACAAAGAAGGCCCCAAUGUCGAUACAAAGAGAGAAGCGUUACCAGAAGUCUCUGACGAUGAGAAGGAGGAGUUGGCUGAUGAGAAGCCUGUUGUGGUCGUACUUAACUCUGGUGAUUUGACAGCAGAAGAGGUAGAUGCCUUUAAAAAACAAAAGGAAGAAGAGGAAAGUAAUGCUCCUGCUGAUCUAUCUAAAAAGGUUAUAUUUCGCAAGACUAAAUCAGCAGAAACAGAGUCCGAUACAAACACUACAGAUAAACCAGCGAAAAAGAAAGCCAAGAAAGCAAAGCAACCUCAGAAGAUUGUCUUGUCCUUUAAUGCUGAUGAUGAUGAAGACAAUGUUGGAUAACAUUAAUUAUAUAUCUUUAUUCAAGUGUAUAUAAUAUCUAUAAGGAAUUUAUAUUGUAUAUAAUAGAACACAUUUAAACUUUAUAAAAUUUUACAAAGAUUACAUAAGAAAUCAGCCUCAAGAUAAUUUUAAGGCAGUCUUAAGUAAAUAAAAAAUUGCACAACAGCA